GUUCAUUGCAAAUUCUCUCUUUUAUCUCUCGGAAUUACUUAGCGGCGUGAGUUCAGAAUAUUGAGUCACCGUUUGCCUUGAGUUCCUCUAUUAUAAACCCGUUUACCGGUGAAUCGUAGCGCGAAUCUUUCUGCGGCGAACGAUCAAUAAACAGCUCCCGGGGAUUUUCAGUCUGUCGAGCAGCCACGAACGCACUCUCACGUGAGAUCAGUAAUAGCUGUCAAAGCGACCACGUGUUCCUACGAGUUCCUGGUACGUGUUCACGGCUAUGUAUCGUCGAAGCAGGAUACCUUCUCGAAGAAGUCGAAGAAGUAGCUUGUUAUGUGGGGCGUCGCAGGUUUUAUAAUAUGCGUGACAGCGUAUUAGCCUUUUCGUUGGCAUGGAUCUUCGUGAUACACAGUGGCCUAUGCGGCAAACUCGAGCGGGCCGAUCAACGGCCCAACAAUGUUCUCGACGACUAUUACGCCUAUCGUCAUAUCUCCAUCAUCCACUUCAACGUCCCGGACCGCACUGUCGCGGCAGGGUUCAAGUUUAUUGUAAAAGAAGAGAAAACUGGAGGAAUAGGUAGAUGUGUAGCCAGAAACGUCUCCUUAUUCUUGAAAUCUGGUAGUUUGCCAUUUGUACGACCGGAUGGAUCGAAGAUUGCCGCGAAACUUAUGAAAGGGAGACGUCCAUACUAUUCUUUAGAUAUGGAGAGCAACGGGGACGAGUAUAUGAUUAAAAUUGACGCACCUUCGCCGGGUGAUUGGUACGCCAUUGCGUUUCGAUCGUGGAGCGAUCCUGAUAACGGAAAAAUCACUCAACAAGGGCUUGGAGCAUCGUGUGACACGGUACUAGACGCAGAAUUACUUUUAGAAUCUGCUUCGAUAGUAUCACCAAUGGACCCAAAAUUAAAGUACGAGGUGCACAUAAACGAAAGCGCAAAUUCGGCAGUGAUGCAGCUACUGAUUCCAGAAGAAUUUAUCGACUCGAGUCUGUCGUUAAACUCUACCUGCGGCGAAGAGUGUAAAAUUGCGGUUCAUGUGACCGCAGAAGAUCAUUUAGCAGCUAAGAUCGUGAACACCACGAACGCUACCGUGUUCUUCAAGCCCUAUUCAGACGCGUAUCAUUAUGUAACCCUUCGUCUACUCUCCGGAGAAGCUUCGAACGUGUCCCUGCAGCUGCUUGAUAGUUCACCCACCGAUUCAGGCCAGGUAAAAUCCGUGGAUCUGAUGAGAAAGUCCUUGCCAGACUUUUUUCUCUUCGACUACGAGCAUUUGCGGGGAAACGGGACGAAACCAUCGGCCUUCAACCUGACCGCAGACACACUAUCCGUCCUUAGCUUUGAAAUUGGUCGAGUGUACGAUGUCGGUGGAACGUUAACUCUAGGUUUCAAAUUAGUCGACACGAAGGACAAGGAGAAGAAAAAUGUCGUCGUGGUCGCGUGCAUUUCGUUAGGUUACUACUCAAAUAUCACUGCUGGAGGAGGUUGCAUCCGUACGGACAAUAUCACUGCAGCAGACAUUUACGUGAACUCCACUGGACCAGCUAGUCUUCACAUUCCAUUCCCCGAGCCAGGUGUCUGGCAUGUAAGCUUGAGAGCCUUUUGCCUGGAGGAAAAUUGUCAAUGCACCGAGACCUGUCUAAAUGGCACUGCCUGCGAGGAAUGUGACUGCAUAAGCCCUUGUAACGCCAGAAUAGAGAGUCGUAUCUCCUCGUUGCCAUGCAUAGAGGGGCGUUGCAACUCCAGAGGGAAAUGCAUGCAUUACAUGAGCGGUGGUUUUGUUUUCGCCGCUUGUCACUGUUCUGGUGCCUAUCGAGGCUUUGAUUGCGCCGACGAUACGUAUGUCCUGAGUAACAGCGACAUUAUCGUUCGUGUAGUAUUGCUAACAUUUAGUAAUCUGGCGUUCAUUGGUUCUGUCUAUGUGGCUAUACGUAGAGAAUACUUCACAGAAGCGAUCGUUUACGCUGCUGUUAUGUUCUUCUCGACGUUUUACCACGCUUGUGAAGCUGGCGAGGAUGUGUACAGCGUAUGCAUCAUGAGACUGAGCGUAUUGCAAUUCUGCGACUUCUUUAAUGCUCUUUUAUCUAUCUGGGUGACACUGGUGGCGAUGGCCUCGUUUGGACCGAAACUCACAGCUUUUUGCCAGAUAGCAGGGGCUGUUAUCCUCGCUAUGAGCGCUGAAAUGGAUCGUACAGCCCUCUGGGUGUUCCUCCUGCCAGCUGUUACUGGAUCUGCUUUAAUAGGACUUUCUUGGGGCUUGAGGUGUAAGAGGAGGGGAACUGUUCGUUAUCCUUCACGUCCUUACAGAAGCAUUUAUUUUCCUGCUGGUCUUCUUCUAGUCGCCCUGGGUCUCGUUUGUUAUGCGUUCCUACAGACGAGAAGGAAUUACUAUAUCGUGCACAGUCUGUGGCACGUUUGUGUCGCCAUAGGUGUUAUAUUACUCCUACCAAAGCGACAGUACAUGAAAUGA